ACAAAUUGGAACCGAAUGAAAGUGCCGUGCGACCCUCUUUAUAAUGCUCCAGAGAGGAGCCACGGAGGCGGAGAGACACAUCCAAAACCUAGAGACAAGGAAAGUCUCUUGAAGAAAGGAAGAAGAUCUAGGUCUACGAUGGUGAAAUUCUUCAUCUAAGGCAGUGAAGAACCGGUUGAAGACUGCCUCUGCCAAGGAAAGAUACGGCCAGAUCGGAAGCUGAGA